AUGGCCACUCCGCGCCUGCAGGAGAGAGAGAGAGAGAGAGAGAGAGAGAGAGAGAGAGAGAGAGAGAGAGAGAGAAGAGAGAGAGAGAGAGAGAGAGAGAGAGAGAGAGAGAGAGAGAGAGAGAGAGAGAGAGAGAGAGAGAGAGAGAGAGAGAGAGAGAGAGAGAGAGAGAGAGAGAGAGACCUUUCUGAAAAGCCCUCCGAACCUUGA